GAACAAAACGAAAACUAGAAAUCCCGUAUCAGGUUGCGUCACCACCGGAGCAGCAGCGCAAAGCCAGGCGCCGAUUUGCUUGCUGCCCCGCUCACCGCCGGUGGCUGCUCCCCCAAACUCCCUUCACCAAUGCCGGCGCUGCCCGCCUCGGCGUCGUCCAACUCCUCGUGGCGCCGGCACGCCAGCCCCGCGUCGGCGGCGCUGUCAUCCACCCCCAAAUCCCUCCUCCUGCUCCUCCCGGUCUUGCUGCUCCUCCUCUUCGCGCUCUCCAGAGCCCCGGAUCUCACCUUCUCCAGCGCCUCCACGGACGUUGUCGCGGCCGCCCACUCCUCCUACUCCUCCCGCCACCUCCGCCCCUUCGACUGCUACGCCUCGCCGCAGGCCUCCCCGGUCGUCGCCAACCUCGUGGAGGGCGUGCCCCGCCCCUUCUUCUACUCGCUCGCCGACAUGGGAGCCCUCCCCGACCGCCCCCACAAGAACAUCGCACGCCUCCUCAAGGGCAAGCGGUUCCGCAAGCCCGACAUCUCCGAGACCGUCCAGGGGCUGCUUGCAGGGGAGGUGGGGAGGGGCGGGCCGCCCGGCGGGGUGGUGGUGGACGUGGGGGCCAACGUCGGCAUGGCGUCGUUCGCGGCCGCCGUGAUGGGGUUCCGGGUGGUGGCGUUCGAGCCCGUGUUCGAGAACCUGCAGCGGAUUUGCGACGGGGUGUACCUCAACCGGGUGCGGGACCGUGUUGUGGUGUAUCACGCGGCGGCUUCAGAUCGGGUUGGGAACAUUACUAUGCAUAAGGUGAUUGGCCGACUUGACAACAGCGCUAUUUCUGCAACUGGUGCAAAGUUAGCAUUUAAGUCUAAUGAGGAAAUUGCUGUUGUGGUUUCCACAAUCCCAUUGGAUGAUGUCAUUCCAGAUACCGAGCGAGUUCUUAUGAUCAAAAUUGAUGUUCAAGGUUGGGAAUACCAUGUACUGAGAGGUGCAUCAAAAUUGCUUUCAAGGACAAAAGGUGAAGCUCCCUACCUUAUAUAUGAAGAAGAUGAACGCCUGCUGCAGGCAAGCAACACAAGCUCACAGGAGAUAAGGGCAUUUCUGUCUAGUGUUGGUUACAAUCACUGUACACAGCGUGGCACUGAUGCUCACUGUACAAAAGAAUAGACAAAUUGGUUUCUGAAUGGUGCUCUGAUGCUCCUAAGCUCAAGUUGAUCAGACCAGGGGUUUAGAAAUUUCAUGUGUCCAAUAGUUAGGUUGCCUUGAGUUCCAUGGUACUCUUUGUUCUUUUACCUUUUAGGUUAGUUUGUUAAUUGCUGGGUCUUGGUAUAAUAGCAAUUUUAGCCAUGAUUAUGUAGCUUAUUUCGUUAAAUUUACACUCUUUAUAGAAAUAUAUGUGGUCACAUUGAACAUCAUGAAUCAUAGCGGAUGUUUCCAGAUGCUAGGGCAUUUUUUUUAUCAUGACCUUGGAAUGUGUGCUAAUUACUGAAUAUUAUUAAUAUAGAUGUUUCAGUUA